UCAUUGUCUCUCACUCCACUCUCCUCGAGGUGUAACAGACACGUUUGCUCCUGCUCAACUAAAACUUCGCUUUCAGGAUGAGGGAAAUCGUCCACCUUCAAGCAGGCCAGUGCGGUAACCAGAUUGGCGCAAAGUUUUGGGAGGUGAUCAGUGAUGAGCACGGAAUCGACCCCACAGGAAGCUACAAUGGGGACAGCGACCUGCAGCUGGACAGAAUCAGCGUUUACUACAAUGAGGCCUCCGGAGGUAAAUAUGUGCCCAGGGCCAUCCUUGUGGACUUGGAGCCUGGCACUAUGGACUCUGUGAGGUCCGGACCCUUCGGCCAGAUCUUCAGGCCCGACAACUUUGUUUUCGGCCAGAGCGGGGCGGGUAACAACUGGGCCAAGGGCCACUACACAGAGGGAGCCGAGCUGGUGGACUCGGUCCUGGAUGUGGUGAGGAAGGAGGCAGAGAGCUGCGACUGCCUGCAGGGCUUCCAGCUCACCCACUCCCUCGGUGGAGGAACCGGUUCCGGCAUGGGCACCCUGCUCAUCAGCAAGAUCCGCGAGGAGUUCCCCGACCGCAUCAUGAACACCUUCAGUGUUGUUCCAUCGCCAAAGGUAUCAGACACAGUCGUUGAGCCCUACAACGCCACCCUGUCGGUCCACCAGCUGGUAGAGAACACAGACGAGACGUUCUGUAUCGACAACGAAGCCCUCUACGACAUCUGCUUCCGCACGCUCAAGCUGACCACGCCCACCUACGGCGACCUGAACCACCUGGUCUCAGCCACCAUGAGCGGCGUCACCACGUGCCUCCGCUUCCCCGGCCAGCUCAACGCUGACCUCCGCAAGCUGGCUGUCAACAUGGUGCCUUUCCCCCGUCUCCACUUCUUCAUGCCGGGCUUCGCCCCCCUCACCAGCAGGGGCAGCCAGCAGUACCGUGCCCUCACCGUGCCUGAGCUCACCCAGCAGGUGUUCGACGCCAAGAACAUGAUGGCGGCGUGCGACCCCCGCCACGGGCGCUACCUGACGGUGGCCGCCGUGUUCCGCGGACGCAUGUCCAUGAAGGAGGUGGACGAGCAGAUGCUCAACGUGCAGAACAAGAACAGCAGCUACUUCGUGGAAUGGAUCCCCAACAACGUGAAGACGGCCGUGUGCGACAUCCCACCCCGUGGCCUCAAGAUGGCCGUAACCUUCAUCGGCAACAGCACCGCCAUCCAGGAGCUGUUCAAGCGCAUCUCCGAGCAGUUCACUGCCAUGUUCCGCCGCAAGGCCUUCCUCCAUUGGUACACCGGCGAGGGCAUGGACGAGAUGGAGUUCACGGAGGCGGAGAGCAACAUGAACGACCUGGUGUCCGAGUACCAGCAGUACCAGGACGCCACCGCCGACGAGGAGGGCGAGUUCGACGAGGAGGCCGAAGAGGACGGCUGAGCACGGAGAGCCAAGCAGAGGAAGGAGGUGUCAAGUGUCCCGCCAUCAUAAGUAGAAUAAAUAAUUCAGUGAAUUGUUGUUGAAAAGGAAAUUGUUAUAGCCCAUUAGAUAUCCUUUGCAAUUGACUGCAAAUACAUUUGGCAAAAAAUAAUGGUUUCUCUUUUUUUUGUGCACUGUAAACCGGAGAGCUAUAUUUGCCUGUCAAAGAAGGGUACAGUGAAGCAUUCCACCACUGGAGUAUAUGGCUCGUGCAUCAAUGAGGUAGUUAAUAUGUUGGUUAGAAGGAUGCCAUGUUUAACAUUUACAUGUCAUUGGUAUGGCAAUGUCGUCAACAGCUACCAGUGUCCUGUCUGAUCACCAACCCCUUGCCAAGUCCCCUAUUGUAUGUGGCAAGCAUAUAUAAUUAAGUUUAAAGUACAUGAUUUAUGACAUCUCGGAAAGAAUCAUUUGUAAGUGCAACUUGGGGGUCCUAAAGGCUUAAUGUGUAAGUGUUUAAUGAGGCCAAAAUAAAAUACUUUUUAAGUUUAACUUAUUACAUUUUCCUUGUGUAUAUAUUCUUUGACAUGCUGAUAAUGGGCGAAGGCCAAACCACUUACUGUGGUAAGUUGACCCAGAAAAAGUGACGCAAAUCUUAUCAAAAGGUUAUGCGUCUGCUCGAGUGUAAAAAAGGGGAGUGUCGUGCUUCUAGUUGAGCAAGGUCAGUCAAGCCAAAAAUGGCUGGAGGAUUUGGGUUUACGGUUUUCUCCAGAAUCUUGGAUUGUCUAAGGCUUCCUGUGUCCGGGCAGUUUGUUCCUCUUAAAUACCUGUGUAUCCCAUAGAUACCCGAUCACGUACCUUUAGAAAUAUGAAGUGUUCGUGCAACCUAGUUCGGUUCUGUAAGAAAGCUAACCUAAAAGGCACGUUUAAACAACGCGUAACGACACAGCAAUGGUGUGUGCUUCACACUCCUGCAUAACUUUCCCCCUGCUUCAUGUGGUCAGCUAGGUAUUCAAACACACUUUAAUAUUUAAGUCGUAUUUGGGCCUGCAAUUAUCAGUCAUCACCUUUCCUCUAGUUUGAAAUCGAACUUGAUCGCUGAGCUGUGACGUACAGCUCGAAUGACUGCUCUAGAGUCUGAAGAUUCAGUCAACACGUAUGCUGCAGGCGCAACCCUGAGGGUGCAUCGGACUCCAUUUCGCGUCUCACAAUGUUGCUCAGUGGAUCAUUACACAAUCCUGGUAUGUAACGUUAAUAUAUUUACAUAAUCGAGCAUUGGGAUAAACAGAUUGUGCGAUGACAAAUCCUGACUAUGGAACAUGGUCUAGAAUAAUAAACAGUACUGAUCAUCUCAGUGUGUAAAGUACAUGUAGCUGCGCAAUUUUGCGCAUCAUUGCAGCAGGGAAGGAAACGGGUCUGCCUGGCCUCGUGGCGGGAAGUUAGGUAGACAGACAGCCAAUCACAACGAGAAGGCUACACAUAAGCAUUAGAUAAUGAGCAAUGUGGUUUAUGAAAGGAAUGUGGUUCCUUGGCUUUCUGAUUAAAUUGACGGGUAUUGAUUUUGCGUCACUUGGUCACAUGAAAUGGAAGCUAUUGAAAGAAAAUAUGAAUAUUCCACCCAAUAUUAAUAGAUUAUAGAAUGCCCUAAAACGCCCUAGCGACUCGGUUUAUCGUUGUAUUUUAAUUUCCGAUGUUACCAUUUCUAUCUAUUAAAAAAAAAAGUAUUAAAUAAUGGAGAAUGGCCUAUCACCUGAACAAAACCAUUGAUAUAUGAAACCGAGGUUUAUAGUUUAUCACUUCUGACUUGGAUUGUCAGUGGUCCCGUUCUAAACAUGUUUAGAACGGGAAGUUUAUCAAGUGGACUCAUGUAUGAAGAGUCCACUUGAUAGAGCUCGAAUUGAUUUACCAAGUGCACACAGCUGUGUUUUACUGCAAUUAAGAGUUGUUCAUUUGUUCUGCUACCCAUCUUCUCAGAAAACAUACUUCAACUUUGAGCCACAAAGCCAUCACUUGUUUUACAAAGGUAAUAGUAUGCAACAUAUUCAGUCAAACUGCACAUGCGCAGCAACGCAUCCCAGUAGAAGUCUAGUCAAAAUUAUAUUAUUGUGCAAUUCUUUAUAACUUUACAACCCUUACGUGAAAGUUUGAGGCCCUUAAUGCCCUGGGUCACUAUAAAGCACCUCAAUAAGGUAUAUCUAUCUAUCUAUCUAGAUCAACUAUAUCUGUGAGAUAUACACAACCUUAUAUCCACAAUUUACAUAGGCUUAUUGUGGCAUGUGAAAUGCCCAUUUUAUUCAUUCAAUAAAUUUUUUAUGAGGAUGUGGAACACAUCUCUUACAAUAAGUCAAUUGUAAUAAUCAAGAACAAAUAUCACCAAAACGGCUCCCAGUCAAUAAAUCAUACUUUAUUGUCUAUUAACCAUUUAUUUUUCAUACUCAUAACAUUUGAGUAGUUAUAAAAUCUAGCAUACAAGACGUAAACACAACUUUUGCUAAAUCACAACAUUGGCAACUUAACAUCAACACAGACAUCCAUACAGGUCAUUUACUGUAAAGGGUGUUAAGUCUUGAAAAGGUAGAGGUUUCAGAAUAGAUUUGGCUUUUUGAUCUACAGCCACGGUCAUGCUGUUUGUUUGAUUCCCAGACAAACAUUGAUUCAAAGGGUUAAUAUAAGAUCAUGUGGAUGGAGGUUGGGUGGAGUGGUUUUAAU